GCUUUCUUUCUAGAUUGAAACAAUGGAAGAACUGUCCAUGGCAAACACCAUGUUUGCCCUCAAUCUCCUUAAGCAGAUAGAACAAUCGAACUCUACCCAGAACAUCUUUAUUUCUCCAUGGAGCAUCUCAUCCACAUUGGCCAUAGUUUUCCUUGGUGCUCAGGCUAACACUGAAGAGCAAAUGGCCAAAGUGCUGAAUUUUGACAAAAUUGGCAGCUACGUCCUCACUCCAGGAAACCCAGAGAGCUUCCAUGGCUGUGAUUUUGCACAACACAUACAGAGGGACAAUUAUCCUGGUGCUAUUUUACAGGCACAAGCAAGAGACAAAAUCCAUUCAGCCUUCUCCUCUCUCAGCUCGACAAUCAACACACCACGCUUGGGAGAUUAUUUACUAGAAAGUGCAAGCAAGCUGUUUGGAGAGAAAUCUGCAAGAUUCAAAGAAGAAUACAUACAACGCUGUAAGAAAUAUUACUCUACAGAACCAGAAGCAGUAGACUUCCUUGAAUGUGCCGAUGAAGCUAGAAAAAAGAUUAAUUCUUGGGUUAAAACUCAAACCAAAGGUGAAAUCCCAAACCUGCUACCUGAAGGUUCUGUAGAUGAAGACACCAAAAUGGUCCUGGUGAAUACUAUCUUCUUCAAAGGACGGUGGAAAACUCCAUUUCAGAAGAGACUUAAUGGGCUUUAUCCUUUCCGUGUGAACUUGAAUGAAAGCAAACCUGUCCAGAUGAUGUACCUCCGUGAAAAGCUGAACAUUGGAUACAUAAAGGACCUGAAGACUCAGAUCCUAGAACUUCCGUAUAUUGGAAACAUCAGUAUGUUCCUGUUGCUUCCUGAUGAGAUCGAAGAUUCAUCCACCGGCUUGGAGAUGCUGGAAAGGGAACUAAACUUUGAUAACUUCAACAAGUGGAUCAGCAAAGACACACUGGAUGAAGAUGAUGUUUUGGUCUACAUUCCCAAGUUCAAACUGGCACAAAGCUACGAACUCAAGCCCAUUCUGCAACGCAUGGGCAUGGAAGAUGCCUUCAACAAGGGCAAGGCCGACUUCUCCGGAAUGUCUGAGAGCAAUGACCUUUUUCUUUCUGAAGUGUUCCAUCAAGCCACAGUAGAUGUGAACGAGGAGGGCACUGUGGCAGCUGGUGGGACUGGGGCAGUUAUGACGGGGAGAACUGGUCAUGGUGGUCCACAGUUUGUGGCUGAUCAUCCCUUUCUUUUCUUUAUCAUGAGCAACAUUACCCGCACCAUACUAUUUGUUGGUAGAUUCUCCUCACCCUAAAAGGGGAAGACCUUGUUUUCACAUUAGAUUUUGAAGCAUGCGCUGUAAGCCUCGGAAUUGCUUCUUCAAGUGCCAAAAGUCAAAAUAUUUUCCUACACACUUUUAUACUGCUAUACACUAAAUACAAACCCAAAAGCAACUGUACAACAGUCUGCACUGCUUACAGUAUAACUCCGUUAAUGUUUUUUUUUCCAAACGAUGUGUGUUUAGUUCAUCCUUAUUACUGCUUUGUCAUUAUAACUUUAGUUUUUACAGUGUUAUUUAUUAUUUACAUAAUGGUUGUUUUACAGAUUGUUGUCCUCUGUCUAUUUAAUGAAACGAUAAUACUACAGAAGCAGAUAAUCAGAUAAUUUUCUAUUUAAAGAAAAACAGCCAUUUAAUGUAAUUAUGAAGGAAAAUAUGAUUUUUCUAUGAUUUCUCAUGAUAAUCACCCAGAAAAAUGUACUUAACAAAAGACAACAACAACAUGUUAUAUGUCUCUCAUUGUAUAUCUUAUGUACAUAUCUGCAAGUCAUCUAUAAUUAGGAAUACAUCAUACUUCCUUACUCAAUGCUAUUUGUUGUUCUCUGUUAGGUAUGCACAACAGAAUACUUAGCAAUCCUUGUUUGUUAGUCAUCUUUCAAUCACUGUAACAAAAUACCAGAGAUAAUAAAGUUCAAAGAUUUA